UCUUUGUAAGCUGGAUAAAAGGGCUGUGAUUUAAGUGCGAGAUGGCCAAGACCAGCCAUAGCAACUAUGUCCUUCAGCAACUCAACAACCAAAGAGAAUGGGGAUUCCUCUGUGACUGCUGCAUCGCCAUUGACGAUAUCUACUUCCAGGCUCACAAAGCUGUCCUGGCUGCCUGCAGCUCUUAUUUUAGGAUGUUUUUCAUGAGCCAACAGCAUAGCACAGCACAGCUGAACCUCAGCAACAUGAAGAUUUCAGCGGAGUGCUUUGAUCUCAUUUUACAGUUUAUGUAUUUAGGGAAAAUUCUGACAGCUCCAGCCAAUUUUGAACAGUUUAAAGUGGCUAUGAACUCGCUGCAGCUCUACAAUGUGCCAGAAUGUCUGGAAGAUAUACAGGAUCCAAACUCCUCUGGUUUACGAUGCACCUCUUCCGCUUCCAGCACCCAAAAUAGCAAAAUGAUUUUUGGCGUGCGGAUGUAUGAAGACACACUGGCUAGAAACGGGAGUGAAGCGAACAGGUGGGGGAUUGAGCCGCCAAGCUCAACUGUGAGCACCUCUCAAAGCAGAGAGAUGGAUGAUGACACCUUGCAAUUCAGAAGUUUCUCUGAGCAAGCCUUGGAGAGCUGCAAAAGGAGCAUUCUGCCAAAGCUGUCCAGCUCAAAAGAUCGCGUGUCCAAUUCGCGGCGCUUUGGAAGAAGCUUCACGUGUGAUGGCUGUGGCUUUAGCUUCAGCUGUGAGCGGCUUCUAGACGAACACACCAUGUCAUGUACCAACAGGCAUGCGUAUCAGAACACCAGGUACUAUGGGGCGGAAAAAAAAGACAGCAGUGAGAGAGACUCUAAAAUGCCGUCUUCCCAGUUGGAUAAAUACAAAGGAGAUGCCAGCCAAGCUGCAGACCGAUCUUCAUCCCCAUCAUCAAAUGUAACAAGUGGGAAUGGCAGCGCCAUCUCAUCAGAGCCAAUACGGGAAGAGCGAAGUAGAGCCGCUGAGAGGAAAAGGAUUAUUGUCAAGAUGGAACCAGACGACCAUCCUGUGGGGGGCCUGAAAGAGUUUGAUAUUAUUAAAGUGACAGACGGCAACGACUCCACUGACAAUGAUGAAUUGGAUGAUGACGAGCCAGUUUACAGAUACUACAUCGAGGAAGAGAUCGAUGAAAACAGAAGUGUGCGAAAAGCUCUCUUAAAGCCCCAUAUGCCUAUGGAUGAAGAGACGACAGAAUAUUUCAGGAGCACCAGGACUCUUAACAAUAAAGUGAAUGUUGUCAAGGAAGUUGUCGAAAACACAUCCUGUGAACUGUGUGGGUUGACAAUCACAGAAGAAGACCUGUCUUCUCACUACUUGUCCAAACACAUAGAGAAUAUAUGUGCAUGUGGGAAGUGUGGCCAGAUACUAGUUAAAGGGCGACAGCUGCAGGAUCAUGCCCAGAACUGUGGAGAGCCCCAAGACCUCACCACCACUGGCCUGAGGAACAUGGAGGAGAAACUGGACUUGGACGAGAGCCCUGAGGAACAAGCAGAAAACCAAGAGAUGAUGUAUGUUGAGAUGCUAGAUGAGUUUGGGGACGGCCAUUUCCAGAUUAACAGUCUUCCAAAAAAGCAACUGUACAGGGAUUCAGCUUGUCCUUUCCGGUGUCCUAACUGUGGCCUCCGUUUUGAAACAGAAAAUUUGGUGGUUGAGCACAUGUCCAGCUGCCUGGAGCAAGACCUGUUCAAAAAUGCUGUUAUGGAAGAAAAUGAGAGGGAUCACCGACGUAAGCAUUUCUGCAAUCUCUGUGGGAAAGGGUUUUAUCAACGUUGUCACUUACGGGAACACUAUACUGUCCACACCAAGGAAAAGCAAUUUGUUUGUCAGACGUGUGGGAAGCAGUUUCUCAGAGAACGCCAGCUGCGCCUUCACAACGAUAUGCACAAAGGCAUGGCCAGAUACGUCUGCUCCAUUUGUGACCAAGGAAACUUCCGAAAGCAUGACCACGUCCGGCACAUGAUUUCCCAUCUGUCGGCCGGAGAGACAAUAUGCCAGGUCUGCUUUCAGAUUUUCCCAAAUAACGAACAACUUGAGCAGCACAUGGAUGUCCACCUGUAUACAUGUGGUGUCUGUGGCGCCAAAUUUAAUUUGCGGAAAGAUAUGAGAUCUCACUAUAAUGCCAAACAUCUAAAAAGAACAUGAGCAGAUACAGUGCUUAUGAGCAAGAACUGAAGCAAAAGGAAAGGAGCACCAAAGCAAGGCAAACUGUAGCCGUAAAUGAAAUUAAAUGACGUAUUAUAAAUUGUCUGUUCUUUUUUAAAAAGAGCUAUUAGGACACCUGCAUCUUCAUUUAAGGUCUUAAAAAGUACAUGCCGUUGAAAAGCACCAAACCCUUAAUUAUUGCAUUUUAACUCCUGCCUUCUGGCAAUUUCUGUUUCUAUUUUUUUCCUGCUUAAGAAGAUAAUUUGAAUAAUUAUUUUUAAACUCUAGAUUUUAAAAGCACACUGUAGUAUAUCAACCCAGUCACUGGCUUCUAUUAAACAGCUUAUCAGUUA